AUGAGCACAUUUGACGUGGAUGACAUAUUGAGCCAAUUACAUGUGAAAGAAAAGGUCCAGCUACUUUCAUUGAAAGAUUUCUGGCACACAGCAAACAUCGAUCGGCUGAACAUCCCCUCUGUCAGACUCAGCGAUGGUCCUAACGGUGUGAGAGGAACCAAGUUUUUCAGAUCCGUGCCCUCCGCUUGCUUCAGUUCUGGCACUGCCCUGGCAGCGACCUUUAACAUGCCACUUCUGGAGCAAUUAGGCAAAUUAAUGGCCGAAGAAGCUCGUCACAAGGGUGCCCAUGUUAUUCUGGGACCAACUUGUAAUAUUGCUAGGGGACCUUUGGGGGGUCGGGGUUUUGAAUCCUUCAGCGAAGAUCCAUAUCUUUCCGGAAUUGCUGCAGCAGCAAUUAUCAAAGGUAUUGAAUCACAGGGCAUUGGAGCUACUCUCAAACAUUUCGUUUGUAACGAUCUUGAGGACGAGAGAAACUCAAUUGACGUGAUACUUUCGGAUCGAGCAUUGAGAGAGAUUUAUUUGCUACCGUUCCAGAUUGCAAUUAAGGAAGCCAAUCCCAAAUGUGUUAUGAGCUCAUACAACAAGGUGAUGGGAGAGCAUGUUUCGCAGUCAAAAAAGCUUCUUACCGACAUCCUUCGAAAAGAAUGGGGAUGGGAUGGUCUUACCAUGUCUGACUGGUUUGGAGUCUACUCCAUCAAAAGCUCCUUGGACGCUGGACUAGAUCUUGAGUGUCCCGGGUAUCCUCUCAUGCGUAAACACGACGCUUUAAUACAUGCGAUAUCUUCAAGAGAAAUCAACAUGGACGUGAUUGAUAUUCGUGUUAGAAAUAUUUUGAAGCUUGUUCAACAUGCCUUGAAGUCCAGCAUACCGCAAAAUGCUCCUGAAGAUUCUGAGAACAACACUCCUGAGACCUCUGCUUUGUUGAGAAAAGCAGCUUCCGAAGCUAUCGUCUUGCUAAAAAAUGAAAGUUCGAUCCUGCCACUCAAGCCUUCGGAUGAAAUUGCUGUUAUUGGACCAAAUGCAAGAAUCCCACGAAUGUAUGGAGGAGGGUCAGCCUCGGUCAAUUGUUAUUAUGGGAUUUCUGUUUAUGAUGGAAUCUCGAAUAAAAUUGGCUCGCAGCCGCCAUACUCUAUGGGAUGUGACAUUGCUCGCAAUAUGUUUGAUUUGGGUAAAUUGGCUUCAUACAAGGGAGAACCAGGAGUGCGGAUCAAGGUAUACAAGGAAGCUCCUGGUACACCUGACCGGAGCCUUAUUGAAGAGUUCAGAUAUGACUCCUUGCAACUACUGCUGUUCGACUACAAUCACGAAAAGCUUGACUCUUCACUAUUUUAUUUUGACAUUGAAGGAGAAUUCACUUCUGAUAAGGAUAUGAGUUACGAUAUACAUUUAUCCUGUUUGGGAACAGCAUUGCUUUACAUCAAUGGGGAGUUAUUUAUUGAUGAUAAAACCAAUCAAAAGAUGGGCUUUGCUGCCAUUGGUGCUAGCUCACUAGGUGACACCAAGACAAUCCACAUGAAAAAGGAUGAAAGAAUUGAAUUCAAAAUUGAGUUUGGGUCCGCUCCAACUUUCACCUUGGAGACGCUGGAUUUAGUAGCCUCAAACGGAGGUGGAUCACUUACGGUCGCUAUCGGGGAAAAAAUUACAGAUCAAAACAGAAUCAAUGACGCUGUGGAGCUUGCAAAGACAGCGGACAAAGUGAUUCUUUGUGUUGGGACUUCCAGUGAUUGGGAAAGUGAGGGUUUCGACCGACCACAUAUGGACUUGCCCAAAUCUCAAGGCAUCCUUAUCGAGGAGAUUCUGAAGGUUAACAAAAAUAUCAUUCUGGUAAACUUAUCAGGUACCCCAGUCACUCUCCCAUGGAUAGAUGAAAUUCCAGCUGUUGUUCAUGGCUGGUUCAAUGGUAUGGAGUCCGGAAAUGCUAUGGCGGAUGUUCUCUAUGGGGACGUAAAUGCAUCUGGUAAACUAUCUCUUUCUUGGCCAAAACGAUGCGAAGACAACCCAUCAUUCUUGAAUUUCAAAUCUGACAAGGGAAAAGUGGUUUAUGGCGAGGAUGUCUUUGUUGGGUACCGCUAUUACGAAAAAGUUUGCCGCGAGCCUCUUUUUGCAUUUGGUUACGGAUUAUCCUACACAGCUUUCAAUUUUGAUGGCCUGGAUGUAAAGGUAGCAGCGGACAACUUGGUUUGCACCUUGAAUAUCAAAAAUAUUGGCAAAUUGAGGGGGGCUGAAGUUGUACAGUUGUACGUGAUUCCCCCUUUGACCACCACUACUGUCUCUCGCCCACUGAAGGAGUUUAAAGGCUGUCAAAAGGUGUUCUUGGAACCUGGCCAAAAGAUCACAACUACCAUUUCCGUCCCAAUCAAGUACGCCUGCUCUUAUUUUGAUGUAGAGAGACAAAAAUGGUCGAUUGAAAGCGGAGAAUAUGGCGUGUUUAUUGGAAACUCCUCUGAUGCUAUGGAUGCCCUCAUUGGAAAGUUUGUUAUUCAGAAGCCUCUGCUCUGGAGUGGUCUUUAG